UAUCAUAUGAUGUUCUACCUUGCUGUAGUACGUGUGGCUAUGUAGCGCCCUACCCUGUGCUCUGUGUGUGCCUGUCACAUAUGGGAUCACGUGUAGUGUUGUCUCACCUGCUCUUAAACUUGUGUUUGACCCCUUCUUUUCUUACCUCUUUACACGUGGCCCGGUCAACCCCUCUCCUGGGCUCCCCACUCCCUCCCUCCGCCAUCCUUCUCCUUGUCACGGACUUCCUUACAGCCUCCCUUAUUCUCUCCACAGCUGGCCCCCGAAAGGACACUCCCCAAGUCCCCAGCUGGGGGCCCCGCGUAGACCUGGAGUGGACACCCCCUCCUUCCCUUCAUGAUUCGUUUGUAGCGCAGUGGCGAUGGAUGAUGAGGAUGGGAGAUGCUUACUAGACGUGAUUUGUGACCCUCAGGCCCUCAAUGACUUCCUGCAUGGAUCCGAGAAGCUCGAUGGUGAUGACCUCCUGGAUAACCCCGGGGAGGCCCAAAGUGCCUUCUAUGAAGGUCCUGGGCUCCAUGUGCAAGAAGCUUCUGGCAACCACUUGAGCCCAGAGCCCACGCAGCCGGCCCCCAGCGUGGACCUCGACUUCCUGGAGGAUGCGAUCCUGGGUUCGCCUGCCGCGGGGGGCGGCGGCGGGGGCGGCGGGGGCGCCGACCAGCCCUGCGACAUCCUCCAGCAGAGCCUCCAAGAGGCCAACAUCACUGAACAGACACUUGAGGCCGAGGCCGAGCUGGACCUGGGCCCCUUCCAGCUGCCCACCCUACAGCCUGCAGAUGGCGGAGCAGGCCCGGCGGGUGCCGGAGGGGCUGCUGCUGUGGCCGCUGGGCCCCAGGCCCUGUUCCCAGGUGGCACCGACCUGCUGGGGCUGCAGGCCCCGCCCACCGUGCUGACCCACCAGGCCCUGGUGCCGCCCCAGGACGUGGUCAACAAAGCCCUGAGCGUCCAGCCCUUCCUGCAGCCUGUGGGCCUGGGCAAUGUGACCCUGCAGCCCAUCCCAGGCCUCCAGGGCCUGCCCAACGGCAGCCCUGGGGGCGCCACGGCGGCCACGCUAGGCCUGGCACCCAUCCAGGUGGUGGGCCAGCCCGUCAUGGCACUCAACCCGCCCACCUCCCAGCUCCUUGCCAAGCAGGUGCCCGUCAGCGGCUAUCUGGCCUCGGCAGCCGGCCCCUCGGAGCCGGUGACCUUGGCGUCCGCCGGCGUCUCGCCCCAGGGGGCUGGCCUGGUCAUUCAGAAGAACCUCCCCACCGCCGUGGCCACCACACUCAACGGGAACUCGGUGUUUGGAGGGGCAGGCGCAGCCACGGCAGCGGCCAGUGGGGCGCCCUCAGGGCCACCGCUGGCGGUGGCCCCCGGCCUCGGCACGUCACCGCUGGUCCCGGCGCCCAACGUGAUCCUGCAUCGCACGCCCACACCCAUCCAGCCCAAGCCUGCCGGCGUGCUGCCCCCCAAGCUCUACCAGCUGACACCCAAGCCGUUCGCCCCGGCAGGCACCACACUCACCAUCCAGGGCGAGGCGGGGGGCCUCCCGCAGCAGACCAAGGCCCCCCAGAACCUGACUUUCAUGGCAGCGGGCAAGGCCGGCCAGAACGUGGUGCUGUCAGGCUUCCCCGCACCUGCCCUGCAGGCGAAUGUCUUCAAGCAGCCUCCUGCCACCACAACCGGGGCCGCCCCACCCCAGCCCCCCGGGGCCCUGAGCAAGCCAAUGAGCGUCCACCUCUUGAAUCAAGGCAGCAGCAUUGUCAUCCCCGCCCAGCACAUGCUGCCGGGCCAGAACCAGUUCCUGCUGCCGGGCACACCCGCCGUCCAGCUCCCCCAGACGCUCUCGGCCCUGCCCACCAACGUCGGCGGGCAGAUCCUGGCGGCCGCGGCCCCCCACGCAGGCGGACAGCUCAUCGCAAACCCCAUCCUCACCAACCAGAACCUGGCGGGUCCACUGAGCCUGGGCCCCGUGCUGGCCCCCCACUCUGGGGCCCACAGCGCAGCCCACAUCCUCUCGGCCGCCCCCAUCCAAGUGGGCCAGCCGGCGCUCUUCCAGAUGCCCGUGUCACUGGCCGCGGGCAGCCUGCCCACGCAGAGCCAGCCGGCACCCACUGGCCCCUCUGCCACGACCGUCCUCCAGGGGGUCACUCUGCCCCCCAGCGCUGUGGCCAUGCUCAACACCCCCGAUGGGCUGGUGCAGCCAGCCACCCCUGCUGCCACGGGGGAGGCCACGCCUGUCCUCACGGUUCAGACAGCCCCCCAGGCACCACCGGCGGUCAGCACCCCGCUGCCUUUGGGCCUCCAGCAGCCACCGGCCCAGCAGCAGCCCCCACAGGCCCCUACUGCUCAGGCCGCCGCCCCGCCUCAGGCCACCACCCCCCAGCCCAGCCCAGGCCUGGCGUCCAGCCCCGAGAAGAUCGUCCUGGGACAGCCGCCCUCUGCCGCCACCACGGCCAUCCUCACUCAGGACUCCCUGCAGAUGUUCCUGCCCCAGGAGAGGAGCCAGCAGCCCCUCUCCGCAGACGGCCCCCACCUCUCCGUGCCCGCCUCGGUCAUAGUCAGCGCCCCGCCUCCCGCCCAAGACCCAGCCCCGAGCACCCCCAUCGCCAAAGGAGCUGGCCUCGGCCCUCAGGCCCCCGACAGCCAGGCUUCCCCAGCGCCGGCCCCCCAGAUCCCGGCAGCGGCUCCGCUGAAGGGCCCAGGCCCCUCCUCGUCCCCGUCACUACCUCACCAGGCCCCUCUGGGGGACAGCCCCCACCUGCCCUCGCCACAUCCCGCCAGGCCUCCCUCCCGCCCCCCCUCCCGCCCCCCCCCAGAGGGGCCGCUGCCCCCAGCCCCCCACCUCCCUCCCGCCUCCACAUCCUCUGUCGUGGCCUCCACGGAUACAGCCACCAGGCUGCCAGCCCCUACGCCCCCCGACUUCCAGCUCCAGUUCCCGCCCAGCCAGGGGCCCCACAAGUCCCCCACGCCCCCUCCAACCCUCCACCUGGUCCCUGAGCCCGCAGCACCCCCCCCACCGCCUCCUCGGACCUUCCAGAUGGUGACCACCCCUUUCCCGGCGCUGCCCCAGCCGAAGGCUCUUCUCGAGAGAUUUCACCAGGUGCCGUCCGGAAUCAUUCUCCAGAACAAGGCCGGGGGGGCCCCCGCCGCCCCGCAGACCUCCGCCAGCCUGGGGCCCCUCGCCAGCCCCACUGCCUCUGUGCUGGUCAGUGGGCAGGCCCCAUCCGGGACCCCCACCGCCCCCAGCCAUCCCCCUGCCCCGGCACCCAUGGCCACCGCAGGCCUCCCUCCUCUGCUUCCUGCCGAGAGCAAAGCUUUUGCCAGCACCCUCCCGACCCUGAGUGUGGCCAAGGCCACUGCGGCUGGGCCAGGGAAGUCCUCCGGGCUGCAGUAUGAAAGCAAGAUGAGCAGUCUGAAGAAACCCCCUGCGCUUCAGCCCAGCAAAGAAGCCUGUUUCCUGGAACAUUUGCACAAACAUCAGGGCUCCGUCCUGCACCCUGACUACAAGACAGCCUUCCCCUCCUUCGAGGAUGCCCUGCAUCGCCUCCUGCCCUACCAUGUCUACCAGGGUGCCCUCCCCUCCCCCAACGACUACCACAAAGUGGACGAGGAGUUUGAGACGGUUUCCACGCAGCUGCUGAAGCGCACCCAGGCCAUGCUCAAUAAAUACCGCCUCCUGCUUCUGGAGGAGUCCCGGUUUGCAGAUGAGUAUGUGUCUUCCUCGCGCUCUCUUGGCCUCCCCAUCGCUGCCUCUUCCGAGGGACACCGGCUCCCUAGCCAGGGCCCAGCAGCAUCCUCAGUGUCCGGGGCCCCCGCCCAGCCCCCUCUGCACCUGCCAACCAAGCUGGUGAUUCGGCACGGUGGGGCGGGGGGCUCCCCUUCGGUGACCUGGGCACGGGCGCCCUCCUCCUCCUCCUCCUCCUCCUCCUCCUCGGCCGCCUCUUCCCUGGACGCCGAUGAGGACGGCCCCAUGCCCUCCCGCAACCGCCCUCCCAUCAAGACCUACGAGGCCCGUAGCCGCAUCGGCCUCAAGCUCAAGAUCAAGCAGGAAGCUGGGCUCAGCAAGGUUGUCCACAACACCGCCCUGGACCCUGUGCACCAGCCCCCGCCCCCUGCGGCCCUCAAGGCAGCAGAGCCCCCGCCCCGGCCCCCGCCGCCACCGCCACCCCCGGCCACGGGCCAGAUGAACGGCACAGUGGACCACCCGCCGCCCGCCGCCCCUGACCGCAAGCCCACGGCCCUGGCCCCCCACUGCCCCCGGCUGCCCCUGCGGAAGACAUACCGCGAGAACGUGGAGGCCCUGGGCGGCGGGGCCGGGGAGGGGGCCGGGAGCGGCAGAGCCCGGGGCAGCAGUCCGGCGCCACUGCCCACCAAAGUGGACGAGGCCACGAGCGGGCUCAUCCGCGAGCUGGCCGCGGUGGAGGACGAGCUGUACCAGCGCGUGCUGAAGGGGGCCCCCCCGGAGCCCGCGGCCAGCGCCGGGCAGGGCAGCGGCAGCAGGGACCCCGGCUGGGAGGCGCCCCCCGCCAAGCGGCGCAAGUCCGAGUCGCCCGACGUGGACCAGGCCAGCUUCUCCAGCGACAGUCCGCAGGACGACACGCUCACGGAACACCUCCAGAGCGCCAUCGACAGCAUCCUGAACCUCCAGCAGGCCCCGGGGCGGACACCUGCACCCCCGUACCCCCACGCCGCCCCGACGGCCGUCCCGCCUGCCUCCCCGUCGCCCCUGCACAGGCCAGAGGCCUACCCGCCCUCCAGUCACAACGGUGGCCUCGGCGCCAGGACGUUGAACAGAUAA